UUUCGCCAGACAUAAGAUGAGGCCGAAAAAUAAACUAGCUGUGGGUCUUACCCGCGAAGAGCGACAGGUGCUUGUCAUCGGCGAAAUCAUACAGGAACUGCUGAAGGCACACGAAAGCAAAAAGGAUGUGAAUCUGAAUCGCAUGAAGUCGCUGAUAUCAUCCAAAUAUGGACUAGAUAGCUCUCCACGUUUGGUAGACAUUAUAGCAGCAGUACCGCACGAUGCAAAGAAAAUACUUCUGCCCAAAUUGCGCGCCAAGCCAAUACGAACUGCUAGCGGAAUUGCCGUGGUUGCUGUCAUGUGCAAGCCGCAUCGUUGUCCGCACAUCAAUUUCACGGGCAACAUUUGCGUCUAUUGCCCCGGCGGGCCGGACAGCGAUUUCGAAUACUCCACACAAUCGUAUACAGGCUACGAGCCCACGUCAAUGCGUGCUAUACGCGCACGGUACGAUCCUUUUCUACAGACCCGUCAUCGUGUUGAACAGCUGAAACAACUAGGCCAUUCGGUUGACAAGGUGGAGUUUAUUGUUAUGGGAGGCACUUUCAUGGCCCUGUCGGAGGAAUAUCGGGAUUAUUUUAUACGCAAUUUGCACGAUGCCCUCUCCGGCCACAGCAGCGCAAAUGUAGCUGAAGCUGUGCGGUAUUCGGAGAAAUCGAGAAGCAAAUGCAUUGGCAUCACAAUUGAAACACGACCGGAUUAUUGCCUCAAGCGUCACAUAACGGAUAUGUUGAAUUAUGGCUGCACGCGCCUGGAGAUCGGUGUGCAGUCAGUCUAUGAGGAUGUGGCCAGAGACACGAACCGUGGCCAUACGGUGGCCGCGGUAUGUGAAACCUUUAAGAUGGGCAAAGAUGCCGGCUACAAGAUUGUCACACACAUGAUGCCCGAUCUGCCAAAUGUUGACUUUGAGCGUGACAUCGAACAGUUUAUUGAAUACUUUGAAAAUCCCGCUUUUCGCUCAGAUGGCCUGAAGAUCUAUCCCACUCUGGUCAUACGUGGCACUGGCCUCUACGAGCUUUGGAAGACGGGUCGCUACAAGUCAUAUCCACCGUCCAUGCUGGUUGACUUGGUGGCCAAAAUCUUGGCAUUGGUUCCGCCCUGGACGCGUGUCUACCGAGUACAGCGUGAUAUACCUAUGCCUUUAGUUAGCUCUGGCGUUGAGCAUGGUAACCUGCGUGAACUGGCGCUGGCUCGCAUGAAAGAUUUGGGAACCGUUUGUCGGGAUGUGCGUACCCGUGAGGUUGGCAUUCAAGAGAUCCACAACAAAGUGCGUCCAUACGAAAUUGAAUUGAUACGUCGCGAUUACGUUGCAAAUGGCGGCUGGGAGACGUUCUUAUCGUACGAGGACCCCGAGCAGGAUAUACUUGUGGGUCUGCUGCGCCUGCGCAAAUGCUCUUCGGAGACUUUCAGACCAGAACUGCAGGGUAAUUGCUCCAUUGUGCGCGAGCUGCAUGUUUAUGGCUCGGUGGUGCCCGUCAGCUCUCGAGAUCCAACCAAGUUUCAGCAUCAGGGCUUUGGCACUCUGCUCAUGGAGGAGGCGCAGCGCAUCGCUGUCGAGGAGCAUGAGAGCACUAAGAUUGCUGUUAUCUCAGGUGUUGGAACUCGCAACUAUUACCGAAAACUCGGCUAUACAUUGGAGGGUCCCUACAUGGUGAAGGAUCUGACUCAAUAUCGAAAAGAAUUUGAAGCGCUAAAUUCGAUGGGUUGGUAGAUCCAAACCUAUUUUCUAUGCAUAUAACUUUAAUAUAUAAGCUUUAAAGUG